AUGAAUGACCCGUUUGAGCUACAAAUUACGGUAACGUCGAUUGAUCUGAUAAAUGAUUAUUACCCUUUCAUCGAUUUCAAGUUCGUUUUCCCGGAAAUUUCGCCCAAAGUUCGCAGAACACCGGACAUUUUUUUGAUGGUUUUGGUCAAUUCUGGCGCCAUGGGCGACACGUUUCGAAAACGUCGCGAGGCUGUUCGACAAACGUGGGGAAAUCACAGCAACUGUGAACAAAUUAAAGCUUUGGGAGAUGAAACGCUGAAAGACUUAAGGUGGUUACUGGUAUUUGUUGUUGGAAAAGCAGGAUGGGGAACGAACGAUGACGAACUAAACAGGGCUGAAGCUAGACAAUACAAUGAUAUGUUGAUAGGAAAUAUCACAGACAACUAUCUUAAUAAUGUUAUCAAGUUGUACAUGGGUCUAGCCUGGGCGAGUAGAUUUGAUAUAAAAUACAUUUUGAAAACAGAUGAUGAUGUUUACGUGCGUAUACCGCGUAUACUGGAAUAUCUUGUCAAUGCUAGGUUUCCGAAACCAUUCUGUGGAGGUGCGGCUGAACGGCGUUCUACUAAAGUGAUUCGCGAAAUUGGUGACAAAUGGACAAUUAGUUGGAAAUACUAUAAUGAAACACGCUAUCCAAGAUAUAAUCCUGGUGCAUUUUUUAUUUUAUCCAGCGAUCUCCUCAAUAGAUUAUUUAACUAUGUCUAUAUAAGAAAACCAUUCCACGUAGAUGACGCAUAUGUUGGGGUCGCCAUGCGAGAUUUGGGGGUAAAUGUUACGAAAAUAUCCUCGUUUCUUAUUCAAACGAAAAUGAACCAACGUAUACGUAAAGCAAACCAUUGUGGCAUAUUACGUCUACAUGCAUUUGGACAUAAUAUGGAGCCAGAAUCAAACAGAUUUCUUGAUAAUCGCCUCAAGGCAUUAGCUUGUGGACAAAAGCAGAUUAAAUGUGGUGUUCGUGUCGGAAACCACAGCGUGUCAAAAAAAAACAAGAAAUCUUUAUAA